AUGACGGAUUUUGGAGAGAUCUUGAGGACCAUCGGUGACUUUGGAUUGUUCCAGAAGCUUAUUCUGUUCGGUCUCUGCUUUCCAAAUCUCAUCUUGCCUUUCCACCUCGCCAGCCUGAUUUUUAUUGAUGCAGAUCCCAGUCGCCACUGUAACACAGACUGGAUCCUUACAGCUGGUCCUAAUCUAACCACAGAGGAGCAGCUGAAUCUGACUGUUCCUCUGGAGCUUGAUGGAACAUUCAGUAAGUGCCUGAUGUUUGUUCCUGUGGACUGGGACAUCAACACAAUCAGGGAGUAUGGACUCAAUGACACCACAGAGUGCCAGAGUGGAUGGGUGUACAACAAUCCAAUGUAUAAGGCCACCAUUGUAACUGAUUUUAAUCUUGUCUGUGGCAAAGCUAAUGUGGUGGGACUGGCACAAACAGUGUUCAUGGCUGGAAUUCUACUUGGUUCACUCUUGUUUGGGCCUUUCGCUGAGUCAUUCGGUCGUAAACGAGCAACUCAGAUUCCCAUGGUCCUCAUGUUAAUUUUUACUGUUACAACAGGGCUAUGUCCCAAUUUCUAUCUAUAUCUAGCAUCCCAAUUUUUGGUUGGUGUUGCAUAUGGAGGAUUUCGAAUCAACUGCAUUGUGCUAGCGACAGAAUGGAUUGGGGUGACCAAGCGUUCCUAUGCCUCUUGUGUGAGUCAGCUUUUUGGUGGAAUUGGGCAGUGUAUCCUUGCUGGCACUAUCUAUUACAUCCGUGACUGGAGAUUGGCCCAGUUUGUCAUGGCUUCCCCAAUUGCAGUGGUGGUCAUGUAUAUAUGGUUUAUUCCUGAGUCAGCUAGAUGGUUACUGGACAGGGGGAAAACAGAGGAAGCAAAGGAGUUGAUUCUCAGGGUAGCAGCAAUAAACAAACGGCAAGUUCCAGAUACUUUGUUAGAAAAGAUAACUGAGAAAACGAGUGUGCAGAGGGGAGGCAUAUGUGUUCUCAUCAAAUCACCUGUACUCAGGAAGUAUUUCCUUACAAUUACAUUAGGAUGGUUUUCUUUAAAUCUUUCCUACUACUGCCUGUCAUUCAAUGUUGGGAACUUUGGCUUAGACAUCUUCUUGACUCAGCUCAUGUUCGGACUGACAGAGAUACCAGCUCACAUCCUUUGCAUCUGGCUGUUAGAAGUUGUUGGGAGAAGAAUAUCAUUGAUGUCUACCCUUCUGAUUGGUGGAUUUGUUUGCACACUUAUUCUUGUUGUUCCACAAGACAACGCCAUUGUUAUUACUGCCCUUGCUACCACAGGGAGGUUCUUCAUGAACUGGGCAGGAUCAGUAUGUAAUGUCUAUGUCCAGGAGCUGUUUCCCACAUCAGUAAGACAAACUGCCACGGGUCUGGGCUCCAUAGCAAUUCGCGUUGCUGGAAUGCUGUCCCCUUUACUAAAUUUAUUAGUGAUGUUCCACUGGGCCAUACCCACCAUAGUCUACAGCAGCCUGUCAUUAGCUGGAGGGGCUCUUGUCUUUCUUCUUCCUGAGACUAGAAGAACAGAACUGCCUGACUCAACAGACGAGGCCGAGGGGAAGAGAAAUGUGAUGACUAAGACAAAAGGAUGUGUCCAGAUAGAGGAUAAUCCAGAAUGUGUUAAGUCAACUAAGCUUUAA